GCUAUAAUAAUAUUGGCCGCGAGAAGGAAUACAGCAUAAAUACCCCCGCAUCGUUCUUGUCUGCACCUCAACAUUCCCCCGGACUGAGUCAUGAUCACCGCCAGAGUCGAGCUCGACGUUGCACAACUACCAAGGGCCUCAAGUGAACCCUUCCGAGUUGGCGCUAAAUUUAAGAAAAGAAUCAUCGUGUGCUGCGAUGGAACCUGGCAAGACGGAUUGAUCGCGAAGGAGUGUUGGCAGCAAACCAAUAUCCUGAAACUAUCGCGGGGAUUGGAACAUGUGGAUGAACGAUCGGGAGUUCUGAUCCCGCAAGUCGUCUACUACCAGUGUGGCGUUGGAACUGGUCAUAAUAUCUACUCUGAAUAUGUCGAUGGUGCGACAGGAGGAUCCCUCGGUGAAAAGGUCCAAGAGGCUUAUGGGUUCAUUGCCCAAAACUACCACCCCGGUGAUGAAAUAUUCCUCUUUGGCUUCUCUAGGGGUGCAUAUACCGCACGGAUGGUAGCCAUGUUUAUCGGUGCCAUCGGUGUCCUAGACCGCACAGACAUGGAUAGCUUUGCCAGUAUAUUUAUUGCAUACCAAAAACUCGGCAAAGAGACUGACCAAAGAGAGAUCGAAAAGCUCGAUGCAUUGUUGAGCCAUUGGACCUCCCCCGAUUCCCGGGGCAAGACAAGAGCUCGCUCUGAUAAUAACACUUUCUCCAUAAAAUGUGUCGGUGUUUUUGAUACUGUCGGUUCGGUCGGUCUACCUGAAGAAUUGACGCAUAAGUCGCCUUCCACAAAGUCUAUUUUUGGCUUUCCCAACAACGAACUUGGGGAACAUAUUGAACGUGCAUAUCAUGCGCUUGCUAUCAACGAAACCAGACUAGACUUCGACUGCUGCAAAUUUGUGCAAACGGACGGCGGACGACGGAAAGGGCAGGUUUUGAAACAGUGCUGGUUUUCUGGUGAACAUUCAGACAUCGGAGGUGGCUGGCAAAAACAUGACUUAUCUGACAUAACUCUUGCGUGGAUGGUGGCCAAUAUUGGCGACAUAUUGUCCAUUGAUACUGCAUACAUCUCAUCGCUAUCGGAUCCAGUGGCGCCUUGGGGAGAGCAGCCCCCACACGACCCACGCACUGGUAUAUUCGUAUUAUCGGAUGCAAAUGUCAGGAAACUUCCAACAGUCACGGAUGACAUCACGCACGAAACAAUCCACCCCUCUGUUCUCCGACAGAAACAUUCAAUUUCAUCCAAUCCCGCUCUUCUUUGCAACUUGUUACCUCUGGAGGAAGAGCUACAGAAGAAAUGGCCAUAUAUUGAAGGGAAACACGAAUUGGACCACCAGGUAAACGGAGUAGUGCACACGCGAUCAGUCUCUUGGACCUUCAGCUCGGUCAGGCAGGCAAACCGUGUGGGAACACACUCGGAUCGUGACAUCCCUGAGACACAAGUUACAAUUGCAUCUCAGACUACGGAUUAUGAUACAUCUCUGUUUGGAAGCCUCCGACACCUGUUGGGCCCCUUAGCGCAGUUAUGAAUAGCGAGUCUUUCUUACUGCUACUUCAUGGAUGUAGCUUCGUAUUACGUUAAUGUUAUUAUAUAUAUACCACGAUUUUCUAUAUGGAUUAUUUCACUCAACGCGCGCGCGGUGCAUGUACCAUGUUACAAUUGCAAGUAAAUGAGGUCGGAG